CCAAACUUUGUCAAGGCGCCCGCUGGUGUUUUCCCAUUUCCUACCAGUCCCCAUCCAGAAGGGCUCUCUGUCUAAGACAUCUUUUUAUUUUUUUUCUUCUUCCUCCUCUGUGUGCCGACCCCCUUCAUGUGGCACCGCCAACACACACUCCAAGGAUCCGCAAAGGCAGCUGGAACUGAAGUGAAGCUGAUCUGGACAAAAACCAGCUGAAACUUUCCCCGGUUUGUUUUGAACUGUAGCCGCUGCUCAGAUUUUGUUUUUCCUCUCCAUCCUUUUCCUGCGCGUCGCCUCUCACUUUUUUAUUUCGUUCUUCCUUCCUCCGUGUGUGAGCGUGUUGGUGGCACCUCCCUUGCUCCUCAACAGACCUUCACCAUGCAUCUCCACCUGCACCUCCUGGCUGCUGAGUAAAUAAUAAUAACAAUAGUAGUAAUAAUAAUAAUAACAAUAACAAUAAAAACGGCCCGAGGUUUCCUCCCCUGAGCCGGCCGGCUAGCCCUCCUCCAAGUUCCGACUCUGGACGGUGCGUCAUGCCGCCACACGUGAAGUGCAAAUCGGUUCCGCUGCUGGACCGCGACGUGUCUUUAUAAGUGGAUCUACUUGUUUUUUUGUUUUUUUUUGCUUUUUUGCUUUGAGGGAGAGGUGGGUAUGCUCUGCUCGUCUCUGGAGAACAUUGGCAAAGAGCAGAAAGUAGAGAAGAGCGACUAGAGAGAAGGAAGGAAGGAGAAGGGGUCGUCCUCACAGAGACUCGAACUUAGUUGUAGAUGUUCGAUCAGGCCACGACUAUGGGAGAUGGGAGCCACCGCUGUGGACCCAACCCGCUGGACAGGAUGGAGGGCAAGUGCCGCCCCGACAUGGGCAGCAGGUCCCCCGUGCAGAGCUCCACCGACACGCCGGGGACCUCCGCGUCCACGCCGACGUCCUCCAGCGAGGACGGGCACGACAAACUUCUGGGAGUGGACCCGGACUACUGUCGCCGGAUAUUAGUGAGGGACGCCAAAGGCACCAUCCGGGAGAUCGUCCUGCCUAAGGGCCUGGACUUGGACCGGCCCAAACGCACUCGGACCUCCUUCACGGCCGAGCAGCUGUACCGCCUGGAGCUGGAGUUCCAGCGGUGCCAGUACGUGGUGGGCCGGGAGCGCACGGAGCUGGCCCGGCAGCUGAACCUCUCGGAAACGCAGGUGAAGGUCUGGUUCCAGAACCGUCGGACCAAGCAGAAGAAGGACACCACCAAGGACUCAGACAAGCGCUCCUCCUCCACGUCAGAGUCUCUGGCCACCUGCAACAUCCUGCGCCUCCUGGAGCAGGGCCGCCUUCUGUCGGGGCCCGCCCCGCCCCCAAACUCCCUCCUGGGGCCCCCAGCUCACCCCACGAACGGCUCCCUGCUGGGCAGCCCCGGCGGCGGCUCCUCCACCUCCCCGGGGAUCAGCAGCAGCACCUCGCCCAGCUCCCUACCAGGCGGGACGUUCGGGCUCUCGCUGCCGUCUCUGGGCGGCACGCCGUCUUCGCCGCGGCUCGGGGUCCCGCCCCCGCACUCCCUCUGCUUCUCCAUGCCCCUGCUGGGGGGGGCCCAUCACGAACUGACGUCCACCUACGGCUGUGGGUCGUCAGCCUUCGAGCCGUACAUGCGGCUGGACAGGAAGGAGGCGGAUCUAGGUGGGAAGAAAACGGUUUCCUAAGCGGACCCGAGGCGUGUGGGACGUGACUUCAGGAGCCUCGUCCUGCCAGCCAGAAAACCUGUGACCGGCAGUGACGGGGUCGCUUUCUGCCAGCUUCAUUUUGUGUACAAGGACAAAAAAAAGAGAGAAAAAAAAAAGAAGAAAAGACUUGGUGAAAAGUGUUAAAACUUUGUUUUUGUUUUUUGUUGGAGAAUUGCUGUGUGUAUGUUGCAGACAGGUGUUUUUAUCAUCACUCUCUCUACAGUAGUUUUAAGUCACUUUUUGUCCAGUGAGUUUUGUGUGUGUGACAUUUUUCCACCCCCCUCUGUCUCUCUCUUUAUGGGCCUUUCUUUGCUGCUCGGGAAGAAAAAAAAACCUCAAAAACAUACUUGACAUGAAUCAUUUGAAGCCGUUGGCAGCAGAGAGCCUGCAACAGGAGAGGCGUUGAGUUACGGUUCCAGGUUCUGUGGCGAGGCCCGGUUUUAGCUUCAGCAUCUGGAUGAAAUGAGCAGUAAUUACAUCUUACAGUUCCUGUUCUGUUUGACUUUUAGGUAACGUGCUAUCACCGUAGAAAGAAACACACACACACACACAGAAAAAAAUAAAAUAAUCGUAGCUUCUUAAUAUCAGUCUGUUUGGUGUCCAGAUGUAGUUUUUGUAAAAUCGUUCUUUUUCUUUCUUUUCUUUUUUUUUUUUAGUUAUUGGUAUUAUUAUUUUAUUUUCAUUGUGUUUGUGUAAAUGCUAGGAAUGGUGCAAACGUACAGUACAUAUCCAGGGCUGACUGUUGAACAUGAAAGGAAGUGAAGACGAACACUGGUGUGAGGAAGAUGGUGGAAACAUGAAGCUACAGAGCUGGCCGACAUUUCGUUUGUCGAGGUCGCAGCCCUAAGAUAGAAAGAGAGAGAGAGAGAGAGAGAGAGAGAGAGAGAGAUGACCUCUGAACCCAGAUUCAGGUUGAUUCACGUGUCUCACAGUUUCUCAGUCAAACUCGGAGAGAGUUCACAGAUAGAAAAAUAAUCUAUUUAAGGAGAAUCAAUCUGGAGGUUUUCGCUGCGGGUCUCGAGCUGCAGCCGCGGGCGAUGAAUCAACGAGUUGCUCCACCGAAAAUUCAUCUCCAACAAACAUAUUUGCUUGAAUGAGAGAACACCCGAGUCCAGAGUUAGCAUGUUUCGACUGCGUGUGUUUUGCUUUUUGUAAAGCGGUAAGUUUGUGUCGUUGUUUUUUUUUUUUUGUUCAUUGUUUUAAAAUCUAUCAUCUGAAAAUGUUCGUGGAAUAUUUAAGAUUUAGGCAUGGGCCGAGAGGAGAUUCUCACAGUGUGAGUGAAAACGCUGUAUACACUAAAAUGUAAAAAACAAAAACAAAAAAAACUUACAUUCUUCAAAGCAGGAAAAAAAUAAUUAUUCCUGCUGUUGGUAAAGUAAUCUGCUGAAAGCAGUCAUAACAAUGUGAUUUCUUGCAUUUACCUUUUGUAUUAUUCACAAAAUGGAGCAAAAAUACAUAAACCUUUGAAAUGUUUUCUAAUAUUUAUUGCAGUUUUCCUAUUCUGCUCUUUAUUCAUCUUCCAGUUAUCUACCAGGCUAUUUGAUACAAACAGAUGCUGUUGACGAAACGGUCAUUUUUAUUGUGGUCGUCACAAAGAAGGAGUGGCUGUGUUGCCAUUACAAACGUGCGCAAAACUUUGUCGAUGUUUUGCUAAUGUCAAGAAACGCAAUUUUAAGAUUUAAAUAAGAAAUUCAAUUAAAACCACGUGCGAAUAAAUUUGCUCCUGCGAUAAGUCAUUAAAAAAACUUAAUGACGUCAUCUUCCUACCACUUCCUGUUGUUUUCUUUGUCAUUUCCGCCAGUAGUAACAUCUUGUUGAUCACAUGACUCACGAUGUGGAAACAGUGUUUCCGUUGCAGUUUUGCGAAACGCACUCAUUUCGAUACGGGCGAAAAAGUUUCCUCAUCCCGAGGAACGGGGAAAAAAAGAAACUUUUUAUCGAAAAGCAUGUUUUCGACGUGUUUCCAUCAAGCAAUUUUAUUUUCAAUAAAUACAGUUUGUGAAAUUAUUUAGUCGAUGGAACAGCUGCAGAAAAAAUACUUGUUUAGUUAAUCAGUGUUAGUUUGUUGGACUGCAGUCGCUUUACGAGCUUGCUGCUCGCAGUCAACUCGGACUUUCCCAACCUUCUAGCCUUAAGAGUAACAAAAAGUGGGACUCUUUCAGUUUCCAUGUCAUGAGGACAUUGUGCAGCAGCAGGUGAGGGAGGGGCAGGACACUGAAUACAGCCAGAGAACAAAGCUACUUUUCUCCUAUCAUGUCGUCUAGAUGGCAGUAUGAUCUGAAUAUGAUCUGUUUUUUAAAGAUCUACAUGGAAACUUGUGAGCGUCUUGGUGAACCCUGAGAGAGCCGACUGGUCCACGCCUGGAGGAGAAACGUUUCUCUGCAACCCACAAACAUCAUUACAGUGAGCUCCACUUUGACCCUGCUCUUGUUUUCCACCUCCCAUCAUGCUUCACCUUGGCCCUCCCUUCUGAUUGCUCUUCAUUGAAAGCACUUUAUGGUUUUGUUUUCUCUUCACAUCGCCAGCUGUUGCUUCAUUCUUCAGCUUUUAUGCUUGUUUUUGUUUUUAUAAAAAAAAGAAAGAAGAAGAAGAAGAAGCCAUUUAUCGAAGGCAAAAAGAGAGAGAAAAAUCUAAUGUAUUUUUCUCUGCUUGGCAUUUUGCGGCAGCUUAGGUUUAGAAACGUCCAUUUUCAUCAUCGCAGUCUCUUGGUUGGUUUUAUAAUUGACUGCACAUUUAUUUUUUUUUUAUAAUUGAAUGAUUUGAAGCUAAGCUGACCUCCGUGUGUUUGGGUUGGUGAAAAUGACAUCCAUCGAGGGUGCGGAGAGCCGAGGGCAAAUGGAAGGGACCACCUGUUUCGCGUUUGUUUUUCUUUCUCACGAGAAGCAAUUCAUCCAGGUUUCCUUCAUGUCCAAAUCGCCUCGCAAGAACCUGCAAUUUGCAACAGUUUGCCCUCAAUUUUCGCGUGUCGUUUGAGUUUUCAUUCCCCUCUUCGCUCCUGUUUGUCAUCGCUUUUUCCUUUUGAAUCUUUUCCUUUCUCCUGUUGUGUGUGUGUGUGUGUGGUUUAUUUAUUUUUUUAUUUUCUUUGUUACUGUUUUUCUCUUAGUCUAAGGUGUUCCUGCAGCAUAGAAGAGGAAAAGCGAAAAGAAAAAAGCAAAAUCAAACAGCAGAAAGGUACUGCCGUGACAUCAAUUUGUAAAACACUUACGAGUGAAGGCAGGGCUAGUUUUUCCGAUAAAUUUCCACGGGGGGAGGGAGGGGGCGCGUGGAGAGGAUCUGACCUCGGUGCGUCGGCUCGCGGGGCCUUUUGGCGCCCGUGUAGCAGCGGUUUGCAGCUGAUGAUUUCUGCAAAAAGAAAAGGAGGAAAAAAACAAAAACACCCACUCUGGGCUUUUUGCAGCAGUACACCUGUGCUCUUGUUGAACACUGUAUUAUUUUCCAUAAGCACCAUCCAUAAUUCACACGCUCCUGCAUCAAAUAUUGAGCAGUGAAACGGAGCUGAGAGGUCAGGAGGGCCCGCUUGUCAUGUUAAAACCGCCGCGCUCCUCUGCAGGUUAUGUGUCUCUUACUCGCAGCAUCUGUUCUCGUCACUUUUAAUUUUUAAAUUUAUUCUUUUUUCUUCUUUUUUUUUUUUGUUCACGUUGCUUCAGUUGCUUGAGAUAAUUGAUGCAAAAGAAUAAAAAUAAUAAUAAGAAGAAAAAAAGUUAUUUAUCAAUAGAAACCUGCUCAUUUUCGGUCUCGGCCACCGUGACGUGUGGACAGCGUUGUAAAUGAAGGAAAGAAAAGAAGAAGAAGAAGAAAAAAGAGAAACAGGUUAUGGCUUCUCUCACUGUCAUGUUUUCUUCUCUUGAGAUUCAGCACCGACUCCUUUGUCUGUCAUUGAUUGAUGGUGUUUUGUAAUGUAUAUCUGCAGUUGUUGUGUCGUGUGCUCAGCUUGGAAAAGGUCGAGAGAGAGCGAGACGCCGCUUCUCCUCCCAGAAAGAACUGAUAAAGCCUUGCUUCGGAUUGGACAAAGCCCAUUUCCUGUUUAUUUAUCCGUUUCUUCUCAUUCCAGCUGAGAGGAAGAAUUUUACUUGUCGGUUUUUUUUGUUGUUUUUUUUUUUUUUUAAAGAAACGCUCUCCGUGAUUCUUUUAGGUCGUAUGAAGCUGUUGUUUUAAUUUCUCAUAAUGCAGAGCCCCCCCUGCCCCCCCCCCCAACCCUUUUUAUUUUAUUUUUUCUUUGAGCAGUAAAUCAAAACCUAAAGUCAAGCUAACGGCACCAGCUAUACUACUUGUGACAAACAUGUACAUAGAUAUAAAUUUAUAUAUAAAUAUAUAUAUAAAUGGGUCUUUGCACAAGUUAUCUCUGUGUCUGCUCUGUGUGAUUUUAACAGGAAAAAAAAAAAAAGCAAAAUGUGAAAGAAAGAUUAGGCAAAAAAGAAAAACAACAGCAACUUUAUAUAUGCUUUACAGUUCUUUGUCUCAUUAACAUUUUGCACUUAUUUAAAGAGGCUUUCUUUUGUUUCCGGGCUGACGGAGCUGUUUUCACGCUCUGCUGAGAUAUUGUACAAUAUGUAUAUGCAUUUUUAUUCAUAUGCAUAUAAAUAUAUGUCUAUGUAAUUUGA